AUGUUCGCGUACUGUGACGCGCGUCUAUCAAUGCGAGACAGUGUUUGCGCGUACUCUCAAGCAAGUACGUGCGAGCGAAUAUACGAUACACAUACACCGAGAUGCGCGGGCGUGUACACUAUCAUGGUUAAAUUUUUUCCUUCGAAACGAAGAGCGAGUGAUCCAUACAUGGUAACGGUCCGCAAUACGUACAUAUGUAUUUGGGUGGGUGUGUACUACGCCGGUGAGUCACGUAUCGACUUUUCUCCCAGCCAACUUCGGGUAAUCAGGGUGGGUUUAGGACAUACCCAUCAUUUAGCUAAGGGUGGAGGAAAUACGUGUCGAUGAGGUCAUCGAAUAUUGUACCAACGAAAAAAGAAUAUUAAAAAUGUUGCUAGCUUAAUAAAAUAUCUUGAUAAAAUAUCUUCAUAUAGUACAAUUUUAUUUAAAAGGCAGGUAUAUAUUUUAAGGAUUAGAACACAAAUUUAUGUUGAGUUUUAUUUCAGUCAUUUGAUAAUAACUGACAGUAACAUCAUUUAUAUGCAAAUUACAUACGUAUAUACGUGAAAAACUCGUAAUUACAUACAUGGAAGUUAUCUAGCUUGGGGCUGAGAAACGGACGAACGUUCAAAAAUUGUUAUUGCGAUAAAUGAAUCAUAAUCAUGU